CUCCAUAGUUAGCUAAAUGCAUUACACUGAUGCAAUAACGUGUCAACACAUUUUCUCAUUCAUUUCAGUAGCAGCUGACAAUUUCGCAUUUGGAUCUCGUUCUGUAUUGAGAUGUCUGGUGAGACAGAAGCAGUAAAUGCCAAGAUGGAAGAUUUGAAAGUAGGUGAGACAAGCCAGGCUUCCGAGCAGAACAAUGCCGCAGAGGAUGGGGACAAGGAGGACGUGGUUGAUCCAUGGACUGUAGCCACAUCAUCCAGCAAAGGAAUAGACUAUGACAAACUCAUCGUUAGAUUUGGGAGCACCAAGAUAGACGAUGCAUUACUGGAGAGAUUUGAGAAGAUAACGGGUCACAAGCCACAUCACUUCCUCAGGAGAGGAAUCUUCUUCUCUCAAAGAGAUCUCCACCUGAUCCUAACACGCUACGAAGCCAAGAAGCCUUUCUUUCUCUACACCGGUAGUAGAGGUCCCUCUUCAACAUCUAUGCAUGUCGGUCAUCUUAUUCCCUUCAUCUUCACCAAGUGGCUUCAGGAUGUGUUUGACGUACCUCUGGUCAUUCAGCUGACCGAUGAUGAGAAGUUCUUGUGGAAGGACCUCAAGGCUGAGGAGGCCAAUAAGCUGGCCUACGAGAACGCCAAGGACAUCAUCGCCCUUGGAUUUGAUGUCAACAAGACUUUCAUCUUCUCAGACAUGAAUUAUAUUGCAUCAUGUCCAGAGUUCUACCGUAACAUGUUGAAAGUACAGAAGUGUGUAACAUACAACCAGGUCAAGGGUAUCUUUGGUUUUGGAGACAGUGAUUGUAUAGGUAAAAUCAGCUUUCCAGCAGUUCAAGCCUCGCCAUCAUUUAGUAAUUCAUUCCCAGCGAUAUUUGGGACAAAGAAGGAUAUCCCAUGUCUCAUUCCAUGUGCAAUAGAUCAGGAUCCCUACUUCAGGAUGACGAGGGAUGUUGCACCCCGCCUAGGAUACCCCAAACCAGCCCUUAUCCACUCCACGUUCUUCCCAGCCCUCCAGGGGGCACAGACCAAGAUGAGUGCCAGUGAUCCCAACUCAUCCAUCUUUCUCACAGAUACACCAAAACAGAUUAAAACAAAGAUCAACAAAUAUGCCUUCUCUGGUGGUGGAACAUCUGUGGAGGAGCACAGAGAGAAAGGAGGAAAUUGUGAUGUAGAUAUCGCAUACCAGUAUCUCACGUUCUUCUUAGAAGAUGAUGACAGAUUAGCCGAGUUCAAAGAGGAGUACAGCAGUGGUCGUAUGUUGACGGGUGAAAUCAAGAAAGAAUUGAUCACCAUUCUCCAGAAGAUGGUGGCAGAAAUCCAGGAGAGGAGAAAGACCGUGACCUCUGACCUCCUCAAAGAGUUCAUGACCCCUAGAAAGCUCAACUGCCAGUCAUGAUUCAGACUCAUCAUGUAGGUUUAUUAGGUUUUCAAAUUGAUAUUCAUGGAUCUUCUGUAAAAAGUUUAUUUCAUUCUUUGAGUAUUCUCCUCAAACAUUUCCAGAAAAGUGCCCCUCGCCAGAAAUGGUUCCUGAGCAUAUCGCCCAAUUCCAGAAAAAUUGCCAUGUUUUAGAAACACUAACUGAGCAUAUUAUCAAUUUGGAAUGAGCCGUUUCAAUAGCCUCUGACAGUUUUGAAUAUGUGUUUACAAAUGAUGAUGGUUUUCAGGGUGCCCCACGACUACCCUGGCUUUAACUGGGCCACCUUGAGGCACUCUCAGCGUUCAAGAGAUGCAUUCUCAGCAUGUUUCCUUGGAGUAGGGAAUCUGUCCUCAUUGACUUAAUAUUCCUGUGAUAUGAUAUCACAAAAGUUACUGUAGUCUAGAUAUUAUUAAACAGGUCACAUAUUGAUAGAAAAUUAAAGCCCCUCUAAAGUGUUGGGGGGCCCCAAAUUUGCCAAAAAUUUGAUGGCAAAAUUUCACUUAAAUAGUUUCAUAAUGUGAAAGAAUGUGUCAUUUA